AAAAGAAUUCAUAGAUUUACUAAAUCGUUCAUUGGAUUAUUUUUUAUUGUGGAGAACAAUACAUACGUUUCAACACAUUAGUAUGACAAAAAAUAUUUUCAAUGAAAGUGAUAAUUCAAGGUAAAAUCUUUAUAAAAAUAUAAAAUGGCGUCAGAUAACACUAGUCGUAACUUGAAUGAUUUACGUGUAUCAGAUCUUCGUGAAGAAUUAGAGAAACGUGGUUUAGAUAAAACUGGAGUGAAAUCGGUGCUUGUUAAGAGAUUGCAGCAAGCCUUGUCUGACGAAAGUGCGAAUUCUGAAUAUAAAGUAACAUCUGAUAGUGUACAGAUUGAAAACGCAGCAAUGGACAAAUCUGAAAAUUUGAAUACCGAUGAUGGUGUAGAAGAAAAUGAACAUGCAGAAAUUAAUCCAGAUGAAGUUGAUCCAAAUGAUAUGGUAGUAAAGGAUGAAUUAGAUGCUUCUAUUGACGAAAAUGACGCCAAUGAGAACACUGAAAAAGAAGAAAAUAUGGAGCAGGUAGAUGUUAAGGAAGAGGAAGAGGAAGAAGAUGAAGAAAAAUUUGAAAAAAUGGCUGACAAUCACUAUGAACUAAAAAAAUUAGAAGUAAAGGUUGAAGAUUGUGCAUCUAAGAUACGCCCUGGCCCUGCUUGCUCAAAAUUGAAUCAUCCAACAUUGGUUACUAAGGCUAAAUCUGCAAGUAACACAGCAGAAAAUAAACCUGAUAUCAACCAAGGUGAUCAAGACGAUUCAAUAAAUUUAACCAUUGGGGAAGAUGAAGAAAAAUUAUUACAGGAAGCUGAAGAUUCUCAUCCUCGUAGCAAGGCAUCAGGUAUGUUUUAUUUAUUCAUAGUUUAAUUAUGUAAAUAUGUGAUAAGAUUGCACAUGCUUAGGUUAUAAUUUAGUCUGUUGCAUACAAAUUCAAUUAAAGAAUCAAUAGUUAAAUUAUAUGAAUGGAG